CUAUAAAAUUCAGUAUUCAAUGAACUGCAGAAUCAUUCACUUAGAAGAAUUGAAUCCAAAUUGAAUAAUGGCUUUGCGUUGGGGAAUUGUUGCAGCUGGCAAAAUAAGUCACGAUUUCGUCACUGGCCUUAGUACCUUGCCUAUUAGUGAGCAUAUUGCUAUUGCAAUAGCGGCUCGUGAUAAGAAACGCGCAGAAGAAUUCGCAAAACUCCAUGAUAUUCCAAAUGCAUUUGGUAGUUAUGAAGAACUUGCUAAGUCUUCCGAUAUUGAUGUUGUCUAUAUCGGUGCUCUGAAUCCACAACAUUUCGAUAUUGGAAUGCUUAUGCUGAAGCAUGGGAAGCAUAUUCUUGUGGAAAAACCACUUUGUAUGAAUGAAAAACAAGCUCAACAACUUACAGCUUAUGCAAAGAGUCGGAAAUUAUUCCUUAUGGAAGCCGUAUGGUCAAGAUUCUUUCCAGCUUAUCAAUAUGUUCGCAAGCAGAUAGCACUUGGUACUCUAGGUAAAAUUCAAGAAGUGAAUGUAUCGUUUGGAUUCGAUUUAACUGAAAUCGAUCGAUUGCAAAAAAAAGAACUAGGCGGUGGAACAGUUCUUGACUUGGGUAUAUACGUAAUUCAAGCAUCUCAAUGGGCAUUCCAAGAGCCUCCGUUAUCAAUUAAAGCAACUGGAGAACUAAAUGCUGAAGGCGUUGAUGUUGGUGUUGCUGCUGAAUUGGAAUAUUCUGGCAGAAGAAUUGCUAAAAUUCAAACAAGUGCUAAAAAGGAAUUAGAAAACAAAGCAAUUAUCAAGGGUACCAAGGGUCAAAUAACUAUUUUGAACUUCUGGUGUCCUACAACAAUAAUUGAUGUUGAUGGCAAGGAAAAAACAUGGCCCCUACCCAAAGGCAAAUAUAAGACAAAUUUCCUCAACUCCGAAGGAUUACGUUACGAAGCCGAAGAAGUUCGAAAAUGUAUCAUGGAGGGAAAAUUACAAAGUGAAGAUAUGCCUCACAGUGAAAGUUUAUUGUUAGCACACAUUGAAGAUUCAAUUAGGAAACAAGUUGGAGUUAUUUUUGCAGAAGAUGAACAGUAAAUAAUGUUUAGCCCUAUUUAAAAGUUUCCCGGGAAAAAUUUUCAAGAGAAAUAUUUAUGUAUGUUUGCUUGGGAGUUUAAAAGC